UCUCAUUGAACCGGUUAUUCUUAGAGCUGCUUUAACGCCACACAGUUUAUUAGACUUACCAGAAUUUUAACUCUUAUUUUAAUGUGGUUUUAUUUUGAAAAAAAGGGGCUUAAUUGGAUUUGAGGACUUGUUGGCUCCUUUCGCCGGCAUUUUUACGCGCCGUGCCUGCGCAGCUGUUUGCGCACCUGAGUCAGUUUGUUCAGCGUCAACACUACUUUUUCUGCUUCUGAGCAACUGAACUGAACUUGGAUGGUGACAUGGCUGUUGUUGCGGUGAACUUUGGUGAAUGCGCAACAGCUCAGUGUGGAAUAACGGGGGUCCAGGUGUGACCACGGGGAGCUGAUGUGGCCGUUUGGAGGAGCGCGCCGGUUUGAUGACAGCUGGGAUCUGACAGAGAGCUGGAGUUUGGGAUGCAAGAGAAGUCUUAGAGAGACUAUCAUCGGUUCCUUUUACCUGGUUUCAACAGCCUGGAGCCAUGGCCUCUGAGGUGGUGUGCGGGCUGGUCUUCAGGUUACUGCUGCCACUGUGUCUUGCAGCCGCUUGCCUGUUCAGGUACAAUGGCCUCUCCUUCGUCUACCUCAUCUACCUCCUGCUUAUUCCACUCUUUGCAGAGCCCACAAGCACGACGAUGCAGGGCCACACAGGGCGUCUGCUGCAGUCCCUGUGCUUCACCAGUAUGUCCUUCCUGCUGCUCCACAUCAUCUAUCAGAUUACCGUCAACAGCCUCCUGGCCGGGAACUCCAUCGCCUCUGACUUCAACUGUUCCACGUGGGAGAAAUCCUUAAGACAGAUUGGCUUUGAGAGUGUGAUUGGCGCAGAUGCAGGCAAUGGCAUCCGGGUGUUCAUCCCUGACAUCGGCAUGUUCGUAGUUGGUUUGGCCAUCUGGCUGCUGUGUCGCAGUCUGGUCCAGAAGAGGCCGCCUGAGGACAUGGCCCAGUACAACGCAGACUUUGAAGCUGAGGAACAAGAAGAAGAGGAGAAGCUGAGCCUAGAUGACAAUAUCCUGCUAGAUGACUUUGAAGCAGGAUACGAGGCUGAGGAGGAUGAGGAGGAUGAGGAGUUGUACGAGGAGGAAGAGGAGGAGGAGGAGGGGGAAGAAGAGGAAGAAGCCAAGGAGAGCACCAAGAUGAAGGUGCUCCGGAUUGUUGCAGAAGUCGCAGCCAAAGUCAAGGAGAUCAUAGGGAACUUGAUCACCACUGCAGGGAAAGUGGUGGUCACCAUUUUGUUAGGCAUGACAGGCAUCAUGCUGCCUUCGCUGACCUCUGCUGUGUACUUCUUCAUCUUCCUGUUCUUGUGCACCUGGUGGUCCCUCUGUCGGACUUUUAACACACUCAUCUUCAGCUGCAUGUGUGUCUUGAUGGCCAUCUUUAGCGCUGGACACAUCAUUGUCCUCUACCUCUACCAGUUCCAGUUCUUCCAGGAGUAUCCAUCAGACCGUUAUAUCAGCGUGUUUGGUUUCACCCCCAUCAUUCAGAGCAACUGCUCCUACACAUGGAAGCUCACUGUUCACUCAGACCGCAAGUGGUACUACUUUGUCAAUCCCAUCAUGCUGCUUAUUCUCUACUACACGCUGGCUACACUCAUCCGCCUUUGGCUGCAGGAACCCAUCGACCAGCUGAUGGACGACAAGGAUGGAGAUAUGUGUGAGGAGGAGGAGCUGGUCGGAAACGGAACAAAUAACUCAGCUGAAAGGAAGAGGCAGCUGUGGUGGAAAUCACAACAGGGCACAGAUGAGAAAAAUCUCCUCUCCACCCAGGAUGGCAUCAGUACAACUGAGGCCGUUCCCACUUCAAAUGGGACUUCAUUUGACUUUGUGACAACUGAGAAUGGACCUGUCUGUCUGGACUUGUAUGCAACCCCUCAGUAUAAAAUGGACCAGGCCUGCGAUGAGAAGAAGCGUGAGUGUGUGUAUGAGGUGUGUUUGCCACCGGAGGACCCAGCUUUAGAGGAAGGAGAGGAGAAAAGUGACGAAGGAGAAGAGGAGGGGGUGAAGAAAAGAGGAGUCGGUGCUAUGGUCAAGGUCUUCCACUUCAUCAUGAAACAGAGCUAUAUCUGUGCUCUCAUAGCCAUGAUGGCCUGGAGCAUCACUUACGUCAGCUGGCUGACGUUUGUCUUCCUCAUGUGGUCUUGUGUGUUGUGGAUGGUGAGGGACCGAAGGCGUUACGCCAUGCUGUCAUCUCCCUUCAUGGUGGCCUAUGGCAACCUGCUCAUAGUUCUGCAGUACAUUUGGAGUUUUGAAGACAUGACUUAUAUCUCAGGACUCUUUGUCGAGAAGAACAACCCUUUUCACUCACUUUCAUCAAAGAUUCUAUGUCUGUUAAGCUUCUGGCUGCUGCUGAGACAGACGCUCACAGAGAGACGCGAAAAAGAAAAGGAUGACAAUGCCGGUCUCUCAGACGUUCAUGUUGAGGAUCAAAAGAAGAAAGAGGAAGAGGACUCUGAGAAAGGAGGGGAGCAGGCCACCAUGCAGGUUCUGGGAAAGCAUGGUCAUGGCUCUGCUGUUAAAUACUGGAUCUACAUCUGGGGCAUGUUCUUCUUUGUCAGCUUUGAAGGAACCAUUGUCAUGUACAAGAUCAUCUACAUGAAGUUCCUCUCCUGUGUGGCACUGUACCAGGUUCACUAUGAGUGGUGGCGAAGGAUCCUGAAGUACUUCUGGAUGGCAGUUGUUAUGUACACAAUGCUGGUCCUCACCCUGGUCUACACAUUUCAGUUUAAGGACUCACCACCUUUCUGGUCCAGAAUGUUGAACAUGGAUGAAGAGAGCUUAAAAGACCUGGGUCUGGAAAAAUUUACCGUCUCUAAGCUCUUCACAAGGAUCUUCAUCCCUACAUCCUUCCUGCUGGUGUGUAUCCUUCACCUGCACUACUUCCACGACCGCUUCCUCCAACUCACCGAUCUUCAGGCUGUAGUAGCCAAGGAGCAAAGCACCAUUUACAGAUUGGUGCACCCUGAUGGCAGCCUGGCUGACCUCACCAUGCUCAGCGCCAGCUCAGUAGAUGCUGUGUUGAUCAGAGAGGAAGAGCCACAAGAGAAGCAGGAGGAGCAGAGAGAGUGGGGGAUGGAGAAGGAGGAGGCACUGGUGGUAGUGAUGGAUGACACUGACAUGACUGGCAUGAAGCCCACUAGCCUCUCUGACCAUCAACAGUCCAGCACGGAGGAAAGCCACCACUGCAGUGUGGGGACUGAGCCAGAGCCCAGCACUGAGCAGAGCUCAGAUCUGAAGAAUAAAUGGCACCUGGUGGUUGACCGUCUGACUGUGCUCUUCCUUAAGUUCCUGGAGUAUUUCCAACUGCAGCUGUUCAUCUGGUGGUUGCUGGAGAUCCACAUCAUUAAGAUCGUUGCCUGCUACAUUGUCCUGGUCUCUGUCAGAGAGGUGUCUUUGUUCAACUAUGUGUUCCUGGUGUCCUGGGCCUUUGCGCUGCCCUAUAGUCAGUAUCGGGCCCUUGCUUCCAGUGUUUGCACUGUCUGGACAUGUGUCAUCAUCGUAUGUAAAAUGUUGUACCAGCUGAAAUCUAUAAACCCGCCAUCAUACUCCAAGAACUGUACUAUGCCCAUGGGCUACAGAGAGCAUGAGAAAAAUGAGUUGAAGGAUUCUCUGCUGUAUAAGGAACCUAUUGAUCCAGCCAACUGGGUGGGCUUGCACAAGUCUGAUGACCUGCUGGGUUACCUUAGGUACAACCUGCUGAUGUUGGCUGUAUUAGCAUUUGAGGUGACCAUCUACCGCCAUCAGGAAUACUUCAGACUCAGGAACAAACUGUCACCUCCCGCAGCCAGAAUUAUCUUCCACGAUAUAACACGGCAACACCUGGACAUAGGCAUCAUCCACUUCAUCAAAUACUUCAUUAACUACUUUUUCUACAAGUUUGGGCUUGAGACGUGCCUGUUGUUGGGGGUCAAUGUAAUUGGCAGCGCAUGGAGCUUCUAUGCCAUGCUUCAUGCCUUUGCAUUGAUAGCAGUCAUGUACAGGCGCAGGAGGAAAGCCAUUGCUGAGAUCGGCCAAAGUAAACUGGCUGCUAUCCGUGCCUGCAUGCUGACUUUCCAGUACUUUGUCUGCAUCGGAAUCCCACUGCAGCCUGUAAAGACUAUCCCUGAGGUUUCCCAACUCUACACUGACUCCAAAGUGGUUAAGUGGCAUGUUCCAGAUUUCCGCACCAAACCCAGUUCAACAUUCCUCAUCUAUGAUUUCAUGUUACUCCUCUGUGCUCUCUCUCAGAGGCAGGUCUUUGAGGGAAACAAGGCAGCAGUACGUAUUAUGGCUGGAGACAACGUGGAGAUCUGCAGAGACCUGGAUGCAGCCUCCUUCAGUGUCCACAACCCUGUCCCUGAUUUUAGCCAUUGCAGGUCUUACCUGGACAUGCUGAAGGUCAUCAUGUUUAGCUAUCUAUUCUGGUUUGUCCUCACCAUUAUCUUCAUUACUGGAACCACACGUAUCAGUGUCUUCUGCAUGGGCUACUUAGUGGCCUGCUUCUAUUUCCUGCUUUUUGGUGGCGAACUUUUACUGAAACCAAUCAAAAGGAUCCUCCGCUACUGGGACUUCUUAAUCGCCUACAACAUCUUUGUGAUCACUAUGAAGAACAUUUUGUCUAUCUUGGCUUGUGGAUACAUCAAUUCUCUGAUUAAGGACCGCUGCUGGUUAAUUCAGCUGUUAAGUCUGGCCUGCACUAUCAAGGAAUACAACAUCGAUACCAAUCAAGACCAUCUGCCUGCUGACAAACGCUGUGAGCUGCCCAGCGAUGAGGCAGGGAUCAUCUGGGACAGUAUCUGCUUUGCUUUCCUGCUGCUGCAGAGACGAGUCUUCAUGAGCUAUUACUUCCUCCAUGUGGUGGCUGACAUCAGAGCGUCACAGAUCCUUGCGUCCAGGGGGGCAGAGCUGUUCCAAGCCACUAUAGUGAAGGCAGUGAGAGCCAGACUGGAAGAGGAGAGUAAAUCUGUGGAGCAGCUGAAGCGACAGAUGGAGCGCAUUAAGGUGAGGCAGCAGAAGUUUAAGAGGGGCAAAGAGAGGAUGCUGAGCAUGACGCAGGAAUCUGGAGAAGGACCGACCCUCAUCCAGCCCGAUGAUGAUGACGAUGACGGAGCACAGCGAACGAAAGCCAAGACCAAAAAAAAGCAGUGGUGGAGGCCGUGGGUUGACCAUGCUUCCAUGGUUAGAAGUGGAGACUAUUAUUUGUUUGAAACUGACAGUGAAGAAGAAGAGGAGGAGGAAGAGAAAAAAGAUGAGGAGCCGCCAAAGAAGUCGGCAUUUCAGUUUCUUUACCAUGCCUGGAUCACAGACCCUAAAUCUGCACUGAGGGCACGAAGUAAAGAGAAACGCAAAUUUUGGAAGAAAUACACCAAGGGAGUUAGGCACAGGAAAAAUAAGAAAGAAGAAGGCCAUGUGACCAUAGAUCUUGGUGAGCUGUUGGAAGGACAACAUAAAGAAGACGAGAACAAAAAGUCUGCUGGUCCAGACAACAUCAUCAAGAGGGUUAACAUCAUUAAGUUCACCUGGGUCCUGUUCCAGACAACGGUAGACAGUUUCACUAAGUGGAUGAAUGAGAUGUGCAGGGAGUACAUCGACAUCUCCACUGUUCUGCGUAUAGAGCGCUGCAUGUUGACCAGGGAGGUCAAAAAGGGUAAUGUACCAACCAGAGAGAGCAUCCACAUUUACUACCAGAAGGCAAUGAAGCUAAACAUAUCCAGGCAAUCUAGUCUGGAUCAGCUCAGUGAGGAGGAGUCUGCUUCAGGCUCCAGUAGGGUCAGAAGGAGGCGAGGAGGCUACCGAAUGGAGAGUCAGGACUCUACAGCCUCCAGAGACAGCAUAUCCAGUGGCUACACUGAGGCCACCAUGCUGUUUUCUCGCCAAUCUACCUUGGAUGAACUGGAUGGGAUGCCAGAGUGCAUUCCCAAAACCAGCGAGCGGGCCAGGCCCAAACUGCGAAAGAUGUAUGGUCUGGAUGUGUCCAAUUCAUCAAUGGACAGUGGGAGCAGCUUUGUGUCCAGUGAAGCCACCCAGUGUGUCACCCUCUUCUCCAGACAAGGCACCACAGACACCAUAGAAGAGGUAGAGGAUGAGCAUGAUCAAAGUGAGGAUAAGCAACAGAUCCCCUGGGAAUCCCAGCAGCUGGAUGAAAGUGAGGGGGUGGAGGGCGGCCCAUGGAGUGAUGGAGAGCCCAGGGAGACAGAGGAGGAAGAGGAGGUUGAGGGGCCAGAGAUGUUGGAGAAAGAGGAGGGUGAGGAGGGACUACAAGUAACAGAGGACCAGGAGAGUGAAAGGGCCCUCUGGGGGUCAUUUGGCCCCGAUGAGGGCCCCUCCCUGAGGGCUGAGGAGGCAGAGUUUGGACCUUCAAUUCAGGAGAAGGACUUUACUACUGAAAGUGAAGAUGGUGGAGGACAACAGGACUAUAUGCAGACUGAGGGGGGAGUCGGGCCUCUUUACACCCCUGACACAGAUGCUUCUAAAACCUCAGACGCUGACGUACCUCCCAGCUAUAGCAAGGCCGUCAGCUUUGACCGUCUGGAAGUCAGCGAUGAUGAGAGUGACAGCGAUAGGAAGAGGAUGAUGGCUAUGACCCCUGACAGCCGCUCAGACAGCAGGUCAGACCUGGUGAUGCCGUCUAUGACGACUGAGCUGACGGCCAGCGAACUGCUGCUCAACAAAAUGUUUUAUGAUGAGGAGCUGGACCAGUCAGACAAAUUCUACCAAAAUCAGCCCCUCAUCCUCCAGCUCUGCUACGCUCUCUAUAACAUGCUGGUUGCCCACUCAGAGAUGGUGUGCUACCUGGUCAUCAUCAUCAACCACAUGGUAUCUGCUUCCUGUGUCACUCUGGUUCUUCCUAUCACCAUCUUCCUCUGGGCCAUGUUGUCGGUGCCCCGGCCCAGCAAACGUUACUGGAUGACUGCCAUUGUCUAUACUGAGGUCACCAUUGUCAUCAAGUACUUCUUCCAGUUUGGGUUCUUCCCCUUCCACAAACAGAGUCUAGAAAAAAAUAAACCAUAUCACCCUCCAAACAUCAUCGGUGUGGAGAAGAAGGAUGGUUAUGUCCACUAUGACCUAGUCCAGUUACUGGCACUGUUCUUCCAUAGAUCCAUCCUGAAGUGCCAUGGUCUGUGGGAUGAUGAUGACUCUAAAGUAAAGAAAGAACCACCACCUCCUCCAGAGGAGUCAGAGGACGAGACAAAAGACAGAGAGGACAGUGAAAAGGAGUCUGAACCCGCAUCCUCGUUAGUUCGUGAGAGGAGAGGAUCCACUCACACCUUGAGAUCCAUAACCUUUGGGACAUCCAUAGACUCAGGACACGUCCAGGUGCAAUACCCACAACCGCAGACCUACCAGCGUCGCAAAAGCUCUAGUGGAGGAUCUCAUAUUUCUCAGCGAUCUCUGCACUCUUCUGCCAGGUCAAAGAGAGGAAGUACCACUUCCCGCAACAGCAGUCACAAAGAUGGCAGUGAAGCCAGUGUUCAUCAGAAAACACGCAAACAGAUGAUCAUGGAGAAGCUAAGGGAGCAGUUCUACAAAGGGAAAGCUUUUGUCAUAAAACGGUUUAUGGAGAUCUACCUUCCCAUGCGGCAGUUCUUCUAUAACUUGAUCCAUCCAGAGUACAGCGCAGUCACAGACGUCUAUGUGCUGAUGUUCCUUGCAGACACAGUUGACUUCAUCAUCAUUGUGUUUGGAUUUUGGGCAUUUGGUAAACAUUCAGCUGCAGACAUCACUUCAUCCCUGUCGGAGGAUCAGGUGCCAGGACCCUUCCUGGUCAUGGUCUUGAUCCAGUUUGGCACAAUGGUAGUGGACCGGGCCCUCUACCUGAGAAAGUCUGUUAUGGGCAAAGUGAUCUUCCAGGUCAUUCUGGUCUUUGGUAUCCAUUUCUGGAUGUUCUUCAUCCUGCCAGGAGUCACAGACAUGCGUUUCAGUGAUAACACAGUUGCUCAGAUGUGGUAUUUUGUCAAGUGCAUCUUUGGGCUGUCGGCCUAUCAGAUCCGCUGUGGUUAUCCUACUCGUGUGUUGGGAAAUUUUCUCACAAAGAGCUACAAUUAUGUCAACCUUUUCCUGUUUCAAGGUUUCCGCCUGGUACCAUUCCUGACUGAGCUGCGAGCUGUGAUGGACUGGGUUUGGACGGACACUUCGUUGUCUCUGUCGAGUUGGAUCUGUGUGGAGGACAUCUACGCUCACAUCUUCAUCCUCAAAUGCUGGAGAGAAUCUGAGAAGAGGUACCCCCAGCCACGAGGCCAGAAGAAGAAAAAGGUGGUAAAAUACGGCAUGGGAGGGAUGAUCGUAGUCCUGCUGAUCUGUAUCGUCUGGUUCCCACUGCUCUUCAUGUCCCUUGUCAAGUCUGUGGCUGGAGUGGUCAACGCACCAUUGGACGUGUCUUUUGAGAUUACCCUUGCUGGCUUUCAGCCCAUCUUCACCAUGAGUGCCCAGCAGAAGCAACUGCACAAUGUGACACCAGAGGAGUACCAUACAUUUGUAAUGAAUUAUACCAAGGAUGAAGCCCUGCAGUGGCUGGAGGGCUACAUGCCAGAGGACCUGAUCAUCGCUGAGCUGAAAGGCAACUCCAACUCUCUGUGGACGAUCAGUCCACCCAGCAGGAAGAACCUGAUAGACAUGUUGGCCACUGAAGAUGAGGACUUCCCCAUCACUGUGUCCUGGUCGGUUCAAAGAGACCCUAGUCUUGGUGCAAAAGCUGAAACAGCAUCUGGAAAACGAGUAACACCUCUGGACCCAAAAACAAAGAAGGAGCUCAUCAUGCUUCUCAACGGGACAGGACAGGAGACAGGACUAACAAGUGUGCUCCUGACAGAUAUUUUCCCUCGUUAUAUUCGAGCCCCCAGUGACUCUGAUUCCAAGCCUGUUGAGCAGCUUUAUAAAGAUAAAAAGAUGUUUAACAUAACUGUGACGCUGCAGCGAGGGAACAACAACAACUCGGAUCAGACACAGGAAUGGUGGAGUGUCAGCCAAACAGAAAAGGCUCCGUUAAGUAAAAAUACGAAGUUCGAGGGCCUGGAUCUCUACGUAUUCAGUGACCAAGUCAGCCCGCCCAGUUUGGGCUUUUUGGCCGGAUACGGCAUCAUGGGCUUAUAUGCGUCCGUCGUUCUUGUCAUUGGCAAGUUCGUGCGCGAGUUCUUCAGUGGCAUUUCCCACACCAUCAUGUUCGAGGAGCUUCCCAACGUGGACCGCAUCCUGAAGCUGUGCACCGAUAUCUUCCUGGUCCGAGAGACAGGGGAACUGGACCUGGAGGAGGACAUGUACUCCAAGCUCAUCUUCCUCUACCGCUCACCAGAGACUAUGAUCAAGUGGACCCGGGAGAAAACUCAGUGAAACCCAUGUGAGGACUCACAAAUAUGAGGAUGAAUGACAGCUUUUUGGCAUUUAGCAGAUACUGAUUGGGCGAUAAUUUGUCCAGUCACUGAGUCACUCUGCUGGUGUGAGCAGCUUUCGGAGCCCUUUUACCCACUGAGGGAGCACCAAUCAGCUGUGGGACAACUCGUCCUCAUGGUCUAAGCUCUGAUGUCAGCACUACAGCUCCACAUUCAAACACUUUUUGGGGUCUUAAACUGGUAUUUUUUUUACUCUUCAGCGAUGAAAAACAACAUUGUGUUAUUAACAUUUGAGCACAAAGUUGCUGGUGCUUGGAUUCCUGUCGGCAAAAUGGUUCAGUUGGAGAUGGAGCCAUGUUUUUGGACACUAUUCCUAAGUAACAGCGAGUCCUAUCCUAACAUAAAAGUAGAUUUUUCAGCUCUCUCCAACCCCAAACCUCUCGCUGCUCUUCACACCUACUGUUGUAUAUUUUCACAGUUGCUCGAUAGGCAGAGAGAGACUCAAACUGGCUGCAGCAUUACUCUUUAAGGGCUUCCCACGAUGGAUAAAUGCACAAUAAUCAACUAAUGAGCACAAUCUCAUGAUUUCAACCUUCUCCAACUGGAACACAAGGAUUGUGGGGGAUGUGCAAUACUGAGAUGUAGGUUACCAAAGUAUCUGAGGACUGUGGGCCAGACUGAGACACAUGAACAUCAUUCUUUUUAAGACAACAGAUUCCACACAUGGGCCACUCUAGAGACAAAAUCCAGAAAAAAACAUCAUCAGUCUUUACUUGCCUUAUUUGUUUGUAUGAGAAAACUGAAACUCUUAUCAACUUCAUAUCUUUCUCAGGAAGAGCUGCAUUCACAGAUAUUCAUUGUAUGAGUUAUAUGUUAGAAUAUGUAGGCUUUGAUGGAUUGUAGAAAGAACUAUUUAAAUGGCAUGAAUUUUAAUGUGGAUAUUGUCCAGGUCAUCCGGACUGUAUGCCUGGUAUGUUUUACUGCACAGGAAACUGUUCACGAAGGAGAAAUGCUAAGCACUGCUGUGGACAUCGUUUCUGAUAGAGAGUGAGAUUAGCCACCAGUCAUCCUCAUUCUGAAUCCUCCACAGGUUGGCCAGAGUGCAGACCAGCAGAGGCUGCCUCUGAAUCAGGGUAACGUGCAUUAACGGUAGACUCUUGCACAUACAUCACAUGUGAACCUCUCGCUGUUUUUAACAUUCAUACUGAUGAACACUGUGGCACCAAUGGGAGUCAUCAAAGAAGUAAGCAGACACACAGAAGAAUCCUCACAUGAAGGGCUUUAACCCAGAAGCCCUUUGGUCCAAACUAUGCAUUAGAGGACACAGUAGCAUGAAAGUAAAAAAAAAAAAAAAAAAAAACCAAAACAAAAAAAAAACCUUCAUUAUUGCCA